AUGUCUUUUGUAGAUUAGAAGGCCAAAUAGUUAAGACCAUUAAGAACUCAAAGAACACAAUCAGAAUAUGAUUCUUAAUAAGUGAAACCUAGUCCAGAAUUGUGGAUAUAGAAUGUGUUAAAGGAUGAAGCUGAGCAUAGAAAUGUAUUGAAGAGCUUUGGAAUUGACAAGGCUUCUUUGAAAACAGCUGGAGUAACAUAGGCUGAUAGAAUUUACAAUAGCUUGUUCAUCUAUUCUCAGGGAGUGUACAAUUCUUUAGAAGAGUUGAUUGCCUAAAGUUUUGAUAAGAAAUCUAUAAUGGGGAAGCUUUGGAAAGUAUUCUAACUAUUGACUGAGAAGUGCAGACCUCAAGUGAUUGAAAUAGACCAAGCAUAAAGUUAGUAAAAGAUCACUCUUAACAUUCUGAAUGACUAAUUUUAAUCAUUGAUGCAACUUAAAGAGCAGGAUUUGAUUGAUCUAUAAAAUUAGAUAAAAAUGAGGGAUGAAACUAUACAUUUGCUUCAACAUAAGCUAAAUUUAUAGAAAUCAGAGCUCACCCAAUAUGAUGAAUUAAUAUAAGAGAGAGAUAAAUUAUUUAGUUAGGAAACGAAAAAAAGAGUGAGUUUCGAAUCGAAAAUUAAUCAUAUCUAAUGUAUUUUCAAUUAGUAACUGUAACUUAACGAAUCGUUAAAGUUGAAGAUGAUAAAUGCAGAAUAAUAGAUACAAAAUCUGGAGUUUGAUUUAGAACAGAAGAGACAAAUUAUUUUAAAUUUAAAUAUUGAAAUUGGAGAAAAAGAUCAAAGAUUAGACAAUCUGAAAUGCAGAACCUUCGACUCUGAAUUAUAAGUCAAAUUGUUGAAGGAGAUGAAUUAAUCCUUAGAGUCUAAAUUUUAGGAGUAUGAAUAAAAGAAAUAGAAAGACUAUUCAUUAAUAUAAUAAUUGAAUUAUUAAACUUCGAUUAAUUAAUCUCAAUACAAUAAAUUAGACACUCUGAAUAAACAAUUAACAGCUAAUUAUGAACAUUUAUAAUAAAGACUUAAUGAAUAGAAUAAAGAUAUUUAAUAAAAAACAUAAUUAGUUUUUGAGUAACAAAAUAAAGUUACAACUUAAGAAACUUAAAUAAUAUUGUUAACUUAAGAAAAUGAGUGUUUAAAAACUAAAUUAUAAGAGAUUACAUUGUAAUCUUAAGAAACUAAUAAGAAUGCUAAAGAUUAAGAAAUUGAAAUAUAAUAGUUAAAACAAAGAUAAUCUGUAUUAUCAACUGAAAAUGCUUAGAUAAUAAUCUAAAAAAAUUAAUCCGUUAAAACCUAUGAAGAAUGCAUGAUUACAUAUUAAGAAUUAAAAAAAGAAUUUCAGUUUGAAUAAGAAUUAAAGUUCAAAAUUGAAUUUGAUUUAAAGAGAUACUAAGAUUAAGUAAAGUAACUUGAAUAAGAAAAGAAACAAUAGUUUGAUUAAGUUAAGGAAAUCUAAAAGAAACAAAUGUUUCAAUUAUAAUAGAAUGAUGAAAAGAACAAAUUCUAAUAGAAUUAAAUAGUUAAAAAGGAUGAAGCUAUUGAAGAGCUGAAAUGCAAUAUCAAAAUCUUGAAUGCGAGUAAUUCAACUCUUGAAGGGUAAGUGAACUCACUUACUUAAAAUCUAAGUGAAUUACAAAAUAAGUAUUCCUCAGAAAUUAUCAAGAAAUAAGAACUUGAAUAGCAACUGAAAUUAAUAGCAUUGGAACUUAAGAAUAAGUCGGCAGAAUUUAAGAAAAUGGAAGAAAAUCUCAUGUUGCAUCAAAUUAAAUAUAGUCAAAUCAAAGAUUACCCUGAUAUGUAUAAGGAAAUCAAUGAACAAUAUGCAAUUAUGCAAUAAUUAGUUGAAUAAUUAUAAAGUGAUAUUGCAAUGCUAAAAUAAACUAAAUAAUACCAACAUGCUUCUAUUUAAACAGUUGAAAAGAAUUUUUGUAGUACCGAAUCUUAAACAGAAAUAAUAAAAUAAGAUUAGUCAUAAUAAUAUAGUGCCACCUAGGAAGAUGUUCAAACUUAAACAUAACCAGUAUUUACUAAUACGAAAUUAAUUCAGACAGAAUUAAGUUAAGUUUUACCUACUGAUGAUAACUCUAGUUUUUUUGAGAAGAUUACUAGCAAGAAAUAACAUUAAUUUACAUAAGUAGAUCUAAUAACUUAGACUGACUUCUAAUUGGAUUCAUAAAAGUAUACUUUAGAAUAGGAUGGUUCAUCACAUCAUAGAUCUAUUUAGCAUUCUUAUAAUUUCGAAGAUAGUUAUUAAACAAGAUUAUAACCUCAGUAUGAAGAUUUGGUUUAUGACAAGCAAUAAAUGAAACUGAUAAGAAAUGGCAAAGGAAAUUAAAAUAAAAUUGAAGAAGAUCCUACCCAAGAAUAAAAUAAGUCCUUUAUGAAAUCAAAAAUAAAGGAUAAAGCGAAUAAAGGAGUAGAACUACCUUAAAUCGCAAACUUUGGAGACAAAUCCUAAAUUGUACCAAAUUAAAAGACUCCUUCAGCUAGAUUUGCCAAGAUGUAUGUUCAGGCUUCUGAAUAUUACAAAAAAUGA